GUUUUCGGUGCUUUUCCACAAUUUGCAGCUUCAACGAAACCGAUUUAAUCGACGAUGGAGACGGUGUAUUUUCGUGGAUUAGGCGAAAGACGUGUCCUAAAUGUGGCAGAAACGGGAACGAGAACGAUUGGAGCGCUCAAGGAGAUGCUAUCCAUCGGAGCCGACGCCAAACUGUGGUGUGAAGGCAAAAUGCUGCAGGACUGGCAGCAGAUCACGGAGCUUCGCUCGAACGAAAUCGAUGUCACGGUGCCCUUACUCGGAGGAAAAGUUCACGGAUCGCUGGCACGGGCCGGCAAAGUGAAGAGCCAAACUCCGAAGGUGCAAUGUAAGGAGAAGAAGAAGAAACUUACGGGGCGAGCCGCGCGUCGCCGGCAGUUCAAUCGCGUUUUCAACAACAAGGUCGUCGCUUUUGGCCGCUUUGGCAAAAAGCGCAAUAGCAACGCUUUGAACAAACCGAAAUAA